GGCCGUCACAACACGGCUGACAACCUGCUAGCAGCGCCGUAGCUGUGCCGUCGGACCGGGGGAGAAGCGGGUGAUGUGGACGGGAGGUUGGAGCUCGACCAGCGACUCAUGGCGGCCGAAGUCCAGCCCCGGCCGCAGGCCCGGAAGCCGGGUCUGCUGAGCAAGAUCGAGGCGUUCCAGGACGUCGUGAGCGCCGCGGUGAUCAUCCCCAAAGAGGACGGAGUCAUCAGCGUGUCGGAGGACAGGACGAUUCGGGUUUGGCUGAAGAGGGACAGCGGUCAGUACUGGCCCAGCGUCUACCACACGCUGCCCACGCCCAGCUCCUGCAUGGCCUUCAACCCGGAGACCAGGAGGCUCUCCCUGGGCAUGGACACCGGGAGCAUCUGUGAGUUCCUCCUGUCAGAAGACUACAACAAGAUGACCCCGACCAACACCUUCCAGGCCCACCAGGGCCGGGUCUCCGUGGUGCUCUUCGUGUUGGAGAUGGAGUGGCUUCUGAGCACCGGCCAGGACAAGAACUUCAACUGGCUCUGCUCGGAGAGCGGCCGGCAGCUGGGAACGUACCGCACCGCGGCCUGGGUGUCCGGCCUGCAAUUUGACGUGGAGACCAGACACGCCUUCGUAGGAGACCAGUCGGGUCAGGUGACCAUCCUGAAGCUGGAGCAGGAGAGCUGCAGCCUGGUCACCACUUUCAAGGGACACACAGGUAAUGUGACGGCGCUGUGCUGGGACCCGGUCCAGAGGGUUCUGUUCUCUGGCAGCUCGGACCACUCCAUCAUUAUGUGGGACAUCGGGGGCCGCAAAGGCACCGCCAUCGAGCUGCAGGGACACAAUGAUAAAGUUCAGGGCCUGUGCUACGCCUCACACACUCGUCAGCUGAUCUCCUGCAGCUCCGACGGAGGGAUCGUCAUCUGGAACAUGGAUGUAACGAGACAAGAGACUCCAGAGUGGCUGGACAGCGACUCGUGUCAGAAGUGUGAGCAGCCGUUCUUCUGGAACUUCAAACAGAUGUGGGACAGCAAGAAGAUCGGCCUGCGACAGCAUCACUGCAGGAAGUGCGGCCAGGCCGUGUGCGGGAAGUGUUCGUCCCGCCGCUCCACCAUUCCGCUCAUGGGCUUCGAGUUCGAGGUGCGCGUCUGCGACAGCUGCCACGAGUCCAUCAGCGACGAGGACCGAGCCCCGACGGUCACCUUCCACGACAGCAAGCACAGCGUGGUGCACAUGCACUACGAGCCCACCACCGGGAGCCUGCUCACCUCCGGGGCCGACAAGGUCAUCAAGCUGUGGGACAUGAGUCCCGUGGUCUCCUGAGCCACCAGAGACCAGGACGGGUCCACCCAUCGACACCCAGCGCCGCUCACCAGCCAGGACUCUGCAGGACGGGGUCUCUGCAGGACGGGGUCUCGUGGAUCUCCUCAGGAGGAGGAACCCGACUUCACGGGGAAUCGACUCCUUAUUUACUUAAUUUUCAUGCAUUCCUGCCUAGACGCAGUUGCAGGUCUCUCCUGUAGGGGGAGCUCAUGAGCUGAUUGACGGCUCCUUCAAGGGACAGCAGUGACGUGUAGAAGUAGUCUGAGGUACUUGUACACAGUUGUACUACAACAGAUGGAGCACAGCAGCGUUCUGCUGUGGAAGGAGAACCUCAUACCACCACAACGUCCCUACUGUCCCUUUAAAUGCCCUCGCGCUUGGACUGAAACCGAGUCAUGUUCCUAGAUCAUGGUACCGGGUCAUGGUACUGGUGCAUGUUACCCGGGUCAUGGUACAGGGUCAUGUUCCUAGAGCAUGGUACCCGGGUCAUGGUACUGGUGCAUGGUACCGGGUCAUGGUACUGGUGCAUGGUACCGGGUCAUGGUACUGGUGCAUGGUACCGGGUCAUGGUACUGGUGCAUGGUACCCGGGUCAUGGUACUGGUGCAUGGUAGCCUACCGGGUCAUGGUACCGGGUCAUGGUACCCGGGUCAUGGUACUGGUGCAUGGUACCCGGGUCAUGGUACUGGUGCAUGGUACCGGGUCAUGGUACUGGUGGUCCACAAGGUUUCUAAAGAGCAGUUAGACCCCAGAGUGUGGCGGUGGUUGUGAAACAGAGUGCAUGCUGGUCCUCGUCAUUGUUGUUUUGUUGUGGCACUGGAGUCAACAGGAAGUGUUUGUGAUUAUGAUUGUGCUUUAAUGAUCAGACGCUAAGUAUAAAUUAUUACUGGAUAAUUGUUGUAUAUUUCCUGAUUAUUACCCAAAGAAGUUUGAUCUUUAUAUUAAAUCAUGUUUCCCACAUGAAGACGUUAAAGAUCCGUUUACUGUGAGAACUUUACUACAAUCGUCUUAAACAGGAAACAUUUGUUCUCUAACUACAUAUCAUACAUUAUCAAAUCAUAUCUUGUCAUGUUUGUUUUUUGCAGACUACGUUUAAACGCAUGGGGCAGUUUUUGAAAUCUAAAACGUCAGUUUUUUCAAAAUAAAAGCCUGUGGUAUUGUGUCUAAAGCCGUCAAAUGAACUGAGGCCAGUGGUUCACCUCCUCGACCAAUCAGGAGCUCUGCUGACUCGCCUUUGAUCACCUUUUGUUUGUGAAUAUGGAAAUAACUGCAAAUAAUAAACAGUGAUGUGAGCAUGA